CCUGCAGCAGGAUUCACAAAGGACAGCAGACGAGGCAAAUCAAAGAACCGAAGAAUGGCUCCAAAGACAUUGGUACUGUGUCUGCUGCUCGUGGCUGCAGCGUUGCCUCUGGGCGGCUGUCAGCACUGGUCGUAUGGCCUGAGCCCCGGAGGGAAGAGGGACCUGGACAGCCUCUCAGACACGCAGGACAAUCUGGUGGAGGCGUUCCCACAGGUGGACACACACUGCAGUGUUUUGGUUUGUGCAGAGGUAUCACCCUUUGCCAAAAUGUACAGAACCAAAGGAUUUCUUGGCAGUGUCACUGACAGGGACAAUGGACACAGAACAUACAACAAAUAAUGACUUUUGAUUCCACAAUAAAAUAUCAUAUCAG